GGCAGCGGCAGCGGCAGCGGCGGCGCUGAGCCCGACUGCCAGAAACCGGCCACGGGAUCAGGUCCGUCAGACCGAUGCCUGCGCCCGUCGCACCUGUAACCUCCAGGCUGAAGCGGGAAGACUGCCCCCGCACCAAGCACGACUCCCUCUUUUCCCCAUGGAAGGUCCUUGUCGGGCCGUCGGACUGGAGGGACCACGCCGCCGGCAAGGAAGGGGUCCAGAGGUACCGCAUCCGCAACCUCCCGGACAACUUCCCCGGCCUCUACGAGCUAGGCGUUGCCUGCGCGGCCGACGAGGGCGUCAGGUCCCGGAGGCGUGACGCGCGAGGCGUCGUCGUGGUGUACCUCGGCCAGGCCGACAGUGUCCGGGCGAGGCUGCAGCAGUAUGGCCGCUCGGGGUCGCAUCUGGACACUACGAACUCGCCGGGCUCUUCUGAUAGAGAUGCGGCGAAUGCGCUCGCCGAGGGUCCUGGACUCUUCAGAGAAGUGUUCUCCAGAGGCUACUCCGUCGUGUUUCGAUGUGCGCUGAUGGACAAUAAACAAGAAGCUGAGAAGACUGAAGCACUACUCCUGAGAGUAUUUGAUUAUGCAUGGAACAAGCUUCAGAAUGGUGCUUGUCGCCGGCAAGAAAUACUGCAUAAGUUAGAACUGCGAGCAGCCAACCAUAGGUCUCUACUUAGCAGAGUAAGUGACAUGAAACAAAAAAUAUUUGGACAGAAAGCAGGUAUAAAUAUAAAGGGAAGUGGGCCAGCUAACACCUCGCCUAGCAUAAUUAAAAGUAUGCUCCCAAGGGUUCGUACAAUCGUUCGUUUCAGACCUCAGUUAGUAAACCCUAACAACAGUGAAGGUGGGAUAACUGGUAUUCCCUAUGCAAAUAGACAAGCACAUAGAAGGAAGUCCAAAGGAUACCAAGUAAAAAAGUUCGAUGUUACAAAACGGAGAACUGUGCCGAUACAUGAUUCUAACUCUGUCUGUGGAGUGCUGCUGGAAGAUGGUUUUUGUCUGGAGCACCCAGUUCAUGGAAGAAAGAGGUGCAGCUUACACAAAGGUAAAAGAGUCAAAGGCAGCCCAAAAAGUUCGCCUACUAGCCAUCCUUGCCAAGUUGGGAUUGCAAUUACUGAGUUUUGCCUAACUGAAGAUUUGGACAGCUCGGUCCCAAAACAGGAAAGCGAAAUACGGCCCAAAAAUAUGUCUACAACUCUGAAAGAACCUCAGAGGCAAAGCGAUAAUUUGGAAUCACAAAAGGUGAAUACUGGAGAAGCUUCUACAGAAGAUGGAACACAAGAAGUUUCUAGGGAUGCUUGUAUCUUAGAAGAGAAGGCCUUCUUCCAUGCUGACUCUGAGUCUCAGGAGCAGCAGCCUUCUGGGAGAAUGUGGUUUGAGCUGCUCAAAUCACAGAGGAAACCGGCGAGCGCACAUCCAUCAAGAAGAGGCUUGGGAUCUCAGAUAACAGCAAUGACAGAUAACAGGUCCUGCAAAAUGGUGUCAAUUGCAGGAAUGGAAAGGACUGAGAAGGACAGUGGAGUAGAGGUCACUGCUGCUUCGUUUUCCAGAAGCUCAGGAUGGCCCUGUACCUGUGGCGCCCGUACGUCGGACGGUUCACGUUGUAUGAAUAUGCCGAUUGAAGGGAGGAAGAGAUGUGCAUUGCACAAAGGGCAAAGGGCAGCAUUCCCCCCUACACCAUCGGCAUAAUAGACAGGACGGGUUUUUUUCUUACUUCCAAUUGUUGUUUUCACAUUUCUGUUAGCAAAUUGAAACACAGAAAGCUGUUUUCAUAUUUCAUGUGCCCCAAAACGACUACAUACAUUUUGUAACUGUAUUGCUCAUCAUUGAAUUUUUCACAUCAAUUUUUAAUGUUUUGCGCUUCA